GUCAGACUUUGAACAGAGCACUGGCGCUCAUCAUCAUCAUCGGCGCUAAUCUCUGCCCUCUGCCUUCUGCCUCUUCUGCCUUUACACUCACGACGUUGCUACUGACAGCUAUUAUCUCCUACCACCUCAAAAACAAAGAUUAGGAUGAGCAGCCGCUGAGAGGAGAGGAGAAAAACUGGGAUUCAGACGCUGAGCGGACAUCAAGCAGCACCGUUAACCGUUCACGUUACUCUGGAGUUACCAUGGUCCAGUCAGGGGACAUCUUUAUAGCCUUUCUUCUCGUGAGCUACACAGUUUCCCUGGACGUACAGAUAACCCCAAGUCAUGGUGAGAUUAGUCUUGGAGAGUCCAAGUUCUUCAUUUGUGAAGUGGUUGGAGUUCCCAAAUAUAUAGACUGGUUCGGCCCAAAAGGCGAUCGGAUAGAGCCCAACAGACAAGACAUAACAGUUACUCGUAAUGAUGAGUCAUCGUCUACGCUCACACUGUACAAUGCUGGAGAAGACAACGCAGGGACAUAUAAGUGUGUGGCCACCAGCGGAGACCAGCAAGCAGAGUCCACUGUCAACGUCAAAAUAUUCCAGAGAAUAACCUUCACCAACGCUCCAUCACCACAAGAGUUCACUGAAGGAGACAAUGCCAACAUCGUGUGUGAUGUGACCAGCUCGCCUCCGCCCACUGUUUUCUGGAAGUUCAAAGGAGCAAGGAUACAGAUGCAUAAGGAUGUUCGGUUUAAAGUUCUGCCCAACAACCAUCUUCAAAUCCGUGGGAUAAAGAAGACGGAUGAAGGCUUGUACACCUGCGAGGCUCGACAGUUUGCUCGUGGAGAGAUCGAUCUGCGGAUCAUCAAGGUGGUGGUGAACGUGCUCCCAACCAUCAGGGUAUGGCAGUCUGAGGUGAAUGCCACUGCAGAAAUUGGAAAUUCUGCCAUGUUGACUUGUGCUCCAGAUGGCUAUCCUGAACCCAUGGUCACAUGGGCGAGAAACAAAGUGGUUCUUGAAGCCGGUGAGAAGUACAGCUUUAAUGAAGAUGGCUCAGAAAUGACAAUAAUGGAUGUGUCUAAGCUGGACGAGGGCGAGUACACCUGCAUCGCCAAGAACAAGGCCGGAGAGGCUGAACAGGAGCUGAGUCUGAGAGUGUUUGUCAAACCUAAGAUCACAUACAUUGUGAAUCAAACCAGCUCCGAGAUGGAGGAGCAAGUCACCCUGACGUGUGAGGCAUCGGGCGACCCCACACCCACCAUCAGCUGGAGUUCUGGUGAGCACGUCUUCACUGAAGCAGAGCAGGCACAUCUUAACAGGAUCUAUCAGGCUUCAUGGACUCGGCCUGAGCAACACAAGAGCCCAGAUGGAAAUGUAGUAGUAAGAAGUGAUGCUCGGGUCUCCUCUUUGACGUUAAAGGAUGUCACGUACACAGACGCUGGGCAAUACAUAUGCACAGCACAGAGUGCCAUUGGAGAAGACACAGCAGCAGCAUAUCUGGAGGUGCACUAUGCUCCUAAGAUUCAGGGCACAGUGGCAGUGUACACGUGGGAGGGCAAUUCAGCCAACAUGAGCUGUGAGGUCAAAGCCUACCCCAGUGAAGUGUCUAUUGUUUGGCUGCGCGAUGGACUCCAGCUGCCCAAUGCAAACUCCACCAACAUCAAGAUCUUCCGGACCCCAUCCUCCAGCUACUUACAGAUAACGCCAGAGUCGGAAAAUGACUUUGGGAGCUACAACUGCACAGCCUCAAACGAAAUGGGAACUGAGUCCGUGGAGUUUCUUCUGAUUCAAGCUGACAUCCCAUCAGCCCCCUUUGUGAGUGAGGUGCGGCCUUUCUCCACCACUGCACAGGUCCAGUUUGAGGAGCCUGAGUCCAGCGGAGGAGUGCCUGUCCUGAGGUACAAGGCAGAGUGGAGAGCUCCGGGCAGUGCCCGCUGGUACCACAAGAUCUUUGAGGCCCAGGAUGGCUUUGUCAGUGAGAUGAUCAUCACAGGCCUGAAGCCAGAGACCAACUAUGAAGUCAGAUUAUCAGCCAUCAACGGGAAGGGCGAAGGGGAGAGCAGCACUGCUGAGUUCUUCAAGACUGAGCCAGUCCGAAACCCCAAUCCUCCAAAACUGGAGUGGACUCCUCAGCCCAAAGGCAACUCUCUCCGAGUGGGCUGGGUCAAACAGGACGAUGGUGGCUCACCUAUUCUGCAUUAUCUCAUCCGCUAUAAACCUGUUCAAGCAACUGAGUGGAAACCUGAGAUCCGGAUGCCCAGCGGCAGUGACUCUGUGGUCCUCAGUGGACUUGAAUGGGACACAGAAUACAAUGUGUUUGUUGUGGCCGAGAAUCAGAAGGGCAAGUCCCAGCCAGCCUCAAUGUCCUUCAGAACCACAGUAGAACCAGCCGGAGUACCAGAUCUGGGCGAGGAGACAGUGCUCAAUAUGAACACUAUUCUCUGGGCGGGCAUCAUAGUUGUAGUAUUUAUACUGCUCCUGCUGGCUGUGGAUGUCACCUGUUACUUUGUCAACAAGUGUGGCCUAAUUAUGUGCCUUUGUGGGAAGUCAGGCACUGGCACUAAAGGACACAACCUGGAGGAGGGCAAAGCUGCAUUCAUAAAAGAUGAGUCUAAAGAGCCAAUUGUUGAAGUUCGAACGGAAGACGAAUGCACAGCCAACCACAACGCAGCAGGCCCCACAGAGCCUAGUGAGACCACGCCCCUCACAGAGCCAGAGCUGGCGGCUUACACUGCUGCUCUGGCACUGGACACGCUCUCCUCAGCCACAGCCACUGCAACUCUCGACCCCGCCCAGGACAGCCCCUCUAGCGAGACCACCACCCUCACCUGUAGUCUGUCCACUCCUGCCAACGAGCCCGCACACGCUCCCGUCACCGUGGCAACCCCAUGUGCCGAAUCCGACACUGCCCCGCCAACACCUGUCAACUCUUCUACUGACGACGCACAAAAAAUAGAGCCACCAGUACAGCCCGAAAAGGCAGACAAACCAAGUCCAUUAGUUUUGGAUCAGAAAGACAGUACCGUCCCAGAGGAGCAGCCUAAACUCAACACUCCUCCUUCUACCCCGGAUCGGACUAAAGAUCCUAAAUCUGUCACGCCAAUACCACCAAAGCGACGCUUCUCUCCCAAACUUAUGGCGGCAAAGCAUGCGAGAAAUAGCCCCCCUGUCUCCCCGCUCGCUGCCUCUUCCCCUUCUGCCUCUCCCACAUUGAGGAAACCCGCUCCCAGUCCACCAGGGCCCCAGAAGGCUGAACCAGCAAACACAGUAGCCUUAGAUGCACUGACCACAGCUAACACUGCCUCCCAUCCUGCUCCUACUGCCCCAAACCAAAAUGCACACAGCACUGCCCCCGAGAGUAGCUUUAAUAAUUAUAAACCGUAUGACCAAAUGGAUGACUAUAACGUUACCAAAAAUGCUCCUUCAGUUAAUCAUGGCAACCCCAGCCCGGAUACUGAAGACACUGCCCCUCUAGUUGCAGAUGUCCCUACAGGGCACGCUGCUAAUUCCAGUCUCAAUACCUCAAACAACCUCUUUGCAAUGCAUCCCAACACGUAUGAUUUGUUAACUCCCGAAGCUCCCAGCCCACACCUCACUGGCUUGGAAAGUCCCGACAUAGAGUUAGAGUUCGGGGACAGGACAGAGAGGCUGUCAUCGCCCCCUGCUGACCUGAUUAGCCUAGACAGCCCGCCCUCUGAUCCUGCUCUGCCCAAUGGAGACGGAGCAGACCCCUCAUCAGAGACUCUGGCCAAGACCGCUCCUCCUCCUGUCAGCGAUGAGCACUUUUUCUCAGAUGAAACAGGCAAACUGGAGGAGGCCGAGUUAACAAACGCCUUGGCAGAGAUCUCUACAGGACACAACAGUAUCAUACAGACUGAGAGCAAAGCAUGAUGGGACAUGACCAUUUUCCAAACACGGACAUUUCAAAACUGCAGAGUUUUGAUUUCCAGUGCCCUUAACUUCAUUUUAUAAAAUCACAACUCUUGUUUGAAUGCACCUCAGUGUGCUCUUUAUGGGUCACAUUACAUGUUUACUACACCCUGGAAGUGUAGGUCAUAAGAGAUUUAUUUUAUUUUUAUAUUAUUUUAUGUACUCGCACAGGAUAAAUGGUAACUAUCUUAUAAUAUCUGCCUGGCAAAAUAUCAAAUACACUAAUAACAGUUCUUUUUUAUGUAGUUAUGGGUUAAACUGCCGUUGUGCACAACCAUUGAAUUAUUAUGAAAAGAUGUAAAAAAGGACUAUACAUACUAUAUAAAUAUAAAUAUAUAUAUAUAUAUAUAUAAAUAGAGAUUAUUUUUCUUAUGUUCAUGUUCUCCUGUUCAGAUGUACAUUGUUGCUUUUUUGUUUGAAUUGUGAGUUAGUGUUAUUGGAGCUUGUUCUGCAUGUCUGACCUGUAAGGUUGUACUAUUCUGUUUACAAUGGUUGGUGUUACAGCUUGUCUUCUACAGGAAUGCUGUAGGUGUGUGGAUUAUACCAUAUCUGAUCAAUAAAGUUAUAGAAAAGUCUAGAUGGAAAUAGUAGACCAUAUCUCUGUGGUAAAUUCAAAAU